AUGUCCAUCCCUUUGUUGCCCCCGACGCCAGGCAUCGUUUUCCCUCCACCUCCGCCGCGCCCGCCGCCUCCGCCAUGGUGCCCACCACCACCGGCGCCACGGCCUGCUCAUCAUAGAAGCUCGAGUUCUGCGGGCGGGGCCAUCGCAGGCAUCAGCAUCGCCGUCGGGGUCCUCCUUUUUGUGGUCUCCUGCGUAUGCAGCCUCAUCCGGGGGCAGCGUCGCCAGGGCGGCGCCGACGCGGCCGCCGAUCAUCAGCCGCCCCACGGCGGGCAGCAGGCGCGCGCCCGCGGCGGCGCGCUACCACCAGAGGGCGAGCCGCAGCGCGCCAGCGCGACUUCGGGCCUCCCGUCGUUCACGUACAACCGGUCGGUGAAGCACAACGUGACGGGUGGCGGCGCCGGCGAGGAGGCGGCGACGUGCUCGGUGUGCCUUGGCGCGUUCCAGGUCGGGGAGACGGUGCGGCUGCUGCCGGUGUGCCUGCACCUGUACCACGUCGAGUGCAUCGAUCUGUGGCUGGAGGCGCACUCCUCGUGCCCGAUCUGCCGGGCAGGCCUGGAGCCGGCAGUGGACGGCGGCAUGCUGCCGCCGGUUUAA